UUCGGCAGCCGUCGUGCUCAGGAAGCAAUGGUGAAGUACUGUUCGGUGCCGCAAUGCCGCAGUUACGCGACCGACCCGAACGUCAGCUUUCACAUCUACCCCAAGGAGAAGCAGCUGCGCACGGAGUGGCUUGUGAAGUUAAGAAUGGGCAAAUUAAACUCCAAGAGCUCGACAGUGUGCAGCAAGCACUUUAGAGAUGAAGACUUCGUGUAUGCGGUUGGAGCGAAGAUGUUUGGCUGGAAAAAAAGGACACUCGCCCCAGGAACCGUGCCGUCCCAGAAUCUGCCUUUACGGCCACUGGACAAGCCCCCGAAGCUGCGACAGCCCCUGAAGCCGCGGGCAGGUGUGGACACAUGCAAGCCUCGCCCCAAGGAUGACCUGCCAGCAGCAGUUACAUUGGCAGGGCUGAACUCCGAAGAAGCCAGCACCAGUGAGGGUUUGAUUGAGCAGGAACUACCCAACCAGGAUGCCGAUGCUGCAGAUCCCAUUGGUCUUCAGGCUGAACUUCACACCUUGAAGAAAGAUGUCGGAAGUCAAGCGGACACACUACAGCUUGAGAAAGAUCAAGUGCUCGGGAUAGCACGGGUUAAGAAUGAACCGGCCCUCGUAUCACUGACCUGCAUACCCUGUUUUCAGCUAUUCUAUAACAUCUGCGACCUGUAUGGGGAAUCUCGCUUAUUAAGCCAGAGGAAGGAUUUCAGCAUCAGUAACGAGGACGCAGUACUGCUAACAAUGAUGAAGCUGUACCACAAUCUGACGUUUUCCCUUCUUGGGGUACUGUUUGGGGUCCAUAGGACGACAGCUUCCAACAUAUUUAGAGCGUCGGUACCGGUCCUAGCAGCAGUGCUCAGGCACGCCGUUUUCUGGCCUGAAAAUGAGGCUGUGCUCCAGUCCCUGACCAAGUACUUUAACAAGUACAGGGGCUGUCGCAUGGUGCUCGACUGUACAGAGAUUCCUCUGCAAACACCGAAAAACCUGGAGUCUCAACUACUUACCUACAGUCACUACAUGGGAACCCACACUGCAAAGGUGCUUGUGUGCGAGACGCCAGGUGGCUUAAUUAGCUAUGUGAGUCCGGCAUACUGUGGCAGAUCCUCCGACACGCAUAUCACAAAGGAGAGUGGGCUUCUAGAGAAAUGCCUGCCCUUCAUCGACAGCGUAAUGGUCGACAAAGGGUCCUUAAUUGACGAGCUGUGUUGCGAACACAAGGUAAAGUUGGUUCGUCCACCAUUUCUCCGUAAAAACACACAGCUGAGCAAAUCUGACGCCGCAAACAACCAAAGCAUCGCAGCCGCACGCGUCCAUGUCGAGCGUGCAAUUCAGCGAAUGAAGUUGUUUCGAAUUCUUCGGCACAAUUUCAGCGCAGACCUCCUUCCGCAAAUCGAUGAUGUUGUCGUCAUCAUUGCAGGUCUCGUGAACCUCUCAAAGCCCUUGUUCAGCAACGACAAAUUUUUAACUGGUUAAUACAUUGCUGAACAGGACACGAUAGCGUUUUCUUUUAGCUGCCUGUUUAAACGUUGACGUUAAU